ACAACAUAUUAUAUGAUUGGACAGGAGAUAAAGACACAUCUUAGUGUCGCAGUGUUUGGCGAGGUCAAUGCUGGAAAGUCUACAACAGUUGGUCAUUUGAUAUAUUCACUCAAGGGUAAUAGGCGACCUAGAAUUACUACUCAUGUACUUGAUGGUGACAAGGAUGGCGAGAUGGGCAAGAAGUCACUCAAGUUCGCAUGGUUGAUGGAUACGUUGAAGGCAGAGCGAGAGCGUGGCAUCACGAUCGAGACCUCGUUCGGUCGCUUUGAAACACCCAGACACACUAUCACAGUUAUCGACACACCUGGACAUCGAGACUUUAUCAAGAAUAUGAUCACAGGUACAUCUCAAUCUGAUUGUGGUAUCUUCGUUGUUUGCGCAUCCAAUCGCCAGCCUGAUACGGCCAACCGCUGCGAAGACCAUCUUCAACUCGCAUACACACUGGGAGUGCGUCACCUCAUUGUGGCCAUCAACAAGAUGGAUGAACAUGAUAUCUACUUCAAUCAAGACAAGUACACAGCCAUAAUUGGUGACAUUGGUACUGUGAUCAGACGAGUAGGAUUCAAAAGUGAUCAAACUGUAUAUAUACCAAUAAGUGGAUUGGAUGGUGAUAACUUGAUGACAAAGUCAUCGCGAAUACCAUGGUACCAAGGUCCAACAUUGUUGGAGGCAUUGGAUAACAUUGAAGCGCCAAUAUGUCCACCUACAAAUGACAAACCACUUAGGAUACCCAUUCAAGAAGUGUUUAAGAUAAAGGGUAUUGGCACAUUGUUGGCAGGUCGUGUCGAGUCGGGAAUAUUGGAGCUAGGCAUGCAGGUCACAAUAGUGCCACCAAGAACUGGUCUCACAGUCAGCAUCAAGUCAAUUGAGAUGCAUCAUCAGAGUAUAGUACAGGCAACACCUGGAGACAAUGUAGCAUUCUGUGUCACAGGUGCCGCCAACUUAUGGGACAUCAACAAGGGUGCGGUUGUCGGCAGCUUGGACAAUCCGCCUAAACAAGUCCAGAGGUUCAUUGCACAAGUGGUCAUUAUACAACAUCCCCAACAAAUACAUUCUGGAUAUACACCAUGUGUACAUUAUCAUUCAUCGCGAGUAUCAUGCCAAAUAUCAAUCAUCAAUAGGAUUGAUCGAAACACUGGCCUGCCAAUACAAUACGAUACACCAAAGAUACCGAUAUUCCUUGUAGCACGUGACUUGGCCACUGUGGAGUUCACUCCAAUGCGACCAAUAUGCGUCAGUACCUAUGAUGAGUGUCAAGCCAUGGGAAGGAUCGUCAUCAGAGACAUGGGAGUGACAGUUGGAGUUGGCAUAAUCAAAAAGGUGAUCCAACAAGAGUCAGUUGGA